CGGUUAUCUGUUUCUCCUGCCAACCAGCUCGACAAUAUGCCGUUUGGAAUACGUCGUCGAGACCCUGGUGCUGAUGCAGCCUCUAGAAACUCAAAACUCGUAUCUUUGCUCAACGCACGGGAAUUUCUCGAGAGAUCCACCGAAGCUCCUAAGGACCUUACCGAAGCGGCACUGCUGUUGUGCUCGCUUUCUGACGAGUUUGGAGGAGAAAGAGACCGUCUAUUAGACUUAGCACAGGAGGCAAUACAGUUAUGCUGCACCGUCAUUGCACGGUGGGCGGGUCGUUGGAAGUACCUUUCGGAAGAGGUUGGACACUGGUGCGAUGACUUGCAAAGAGCAUUAAGGUCGAUUUAUGAAUUUUUGAAAAAAAGAAACAUCAUUCGGAAGAGCAUACGUCGACGAAGUAUCCAGGGCUAUGAAGCCGAGAUCAAUGCCCUCAAGGCGCGCGAACGAACCAUCGUCUCCGAGGGGGAACUUUCCAGGCCGAAACAUAUACCACCAGCAGAAUUACCUCUGAGCCCUCCACGCUUUUUUGGUCGUGAGGCCUUCAUGGACCAGGCUAUCAAAGAUAUCACUUCGUCACAUGUGAAGCACCCCGCUCGCCUGGCCAUUAUAGGACCUAAUGGCAUCGGUAAAUCUUCGUUAGCGUUACAACUCUUACAUACCCCUCAAAUCGAGAAGAUAUUCUCCAUCAGCCGCGUCUUCAUACGAUGCGAUGCCGCUCCCUCUGCUGAAACCCUGGUCGCGACCAUAGCCAAAGACUUGACCCUCCAGGGAUCGAAAGGACUAAAACACAUCUGCGACUACCUGUCGGACAUUCGUACGGGUUUCAUGCUGGUUCUCGACAAUUUUGAGACACCGUGGGAAGCCGAUAAGCAUGCAGCGGAGGAUAUACUUCGAAGACUGUCUUCCGUUCAAAGCGUAACGCUUUUGAUUACAAUGCGGGGGAAGGAAGUCCCUCUUGAUACUCGAUGGUCGUCUAUCCUCCACUUGCCUACCCUCCCGAAAUCUGCCGCUCGCGAGACAUUCCUCCAUAUCUGCUCAUGGCACCCCCACUUCGCUUCUGAUCCAAAUCUCGACAAACUCCUUGAAUGUGUCGACUACGUGCCGCUGGCGGUGACCCUUCUGGCCACAGUAUCUACCAAUGAAACCAGCCUUGCGAAUGUCCUCAACCGGUGGGACCUCGAGAGCACGAGCCUUCUCGCAGAUGGACCACGAAGCUUACAUGCUUCGAUUGAGGUUUCUCUCCACUCGACUCGCUUCACAAGGGAGCCAGGCGCUCAAGACCUUCUGAGCAUCUUAGCUCUAUUACCUACUGGCAUGUCCCACGAAUCCAUUCGCAGAAAUGAUCUUCGACUGCAUCCCUCCUCGCUGGCAGCUGCCAAUGCGUUGCGCAGAACAGCGUUAGCAUUCGAUGACCCUGGAGGACGUCUACGCCUCCUGCAUCCUAUCCGCAUCUACAUCGCGUCCCACUACCCACCUUCACACGAAGUGCUACAUGCCCUUCGUACACAUCUAUCUGAGCUAACGGAGAGGGCCAAGUUGUUAGGCACAGAAUCAGGCAUCGCUAUGUUGCCUGAGCUUCGAGAUGAAGUCGAGAACCUCCAGGCAAUGAUGGAGCACGAUCUCCUCAUACUCCACAAAAUGCCCACCAUGCCUUUGGAUACGUUAUCCUGGGUCUUCAAAGCAUCACUCGAUUUGAAGGACCUUCUCUGGUACACCGGUCUUGGUUCUACUCGCGUGAUAGAGACAGCACGCAAAAUUGCCUCCAGUCGUGGGCAACAGGAGUACGAAGCAGACUGUCUCAGCGGUAUCGGAUUCGUGGAUUCAGGUCGCACGCUGUACAAGUCCUCGAUGACGGCAUAUUCGGCGGCUCUCAAGCUUUACGACGGAUUACAGAACUUGGCUGGGAAGGGGGAAUGUCUGCGCGGUAUGGGGUACGUCGCAAGACACAUGGACGAUCAAAACCAAGCGCUGCGUUUUUUCUCCGAAGGGCGAGAUAUCUUCCAAAACCUAGGAAGUGAAGGAUAUUGGGGUAUGGCUGAAUGUCUUCGGGGUUUAGCAUUGAUGGAGCCCGAUUACACGAAGGCGAGGAACCUUCGCGAGGAAGCACUGGCCUUAUUCCGACAAGUUGGUAACCUCACGGGUGAGGGCGACUGCAUGCUUGGGCUCGCCACCGAUGCAGCACGGUUCAAUGAACCUGACGUUCUUGCCACAGCCCUGUCCAUGGCUGAAAAGGCGCGAGAACUGUACGCACGGGUAGGAAAGACGAAGGGAGUGGCAGAUUGCGCGUUUGUUAUUGGCAAUGCGAAGUCCACAACCGACGAGUGGGAGGGAGCUCUCUCCAGUCUCCACGAUGCCUUCGCGGCGUACAAAGUCAUCGGUAAUAUGAAGGGCAUGGCUAAUUCACUUCGCGCUCAAGGGGAGCUUUUGGUCAGAUGGAUCCCGGAUUCAGAGGAGAUAGAGAAACACUAUCGGAAUGCCGCUUCGCUGUACGAAAGUAUCGAAGAUGUGCCGAACCGGGAUUAUUGCGAGGAUCAGAUAGCUCGUUUGCAGCAGGAGAGAUUGUGA